UUGGUCGUGGCUGUAACGUUCGAGAGCCCCUCGAUGAGUCAAGUCGAAACACGUGUUGUAGAAAUUUCGACCUUUCAUUCGCAAGGUGGGCCUUUUAUGACCUCUUGCCUUUUUCUAUUUCAAAUAUUUGCCAAGUGAGAGGAGGUAGGUCAUGGAUAUCCACCCUAAAAAAUUUUGAAGGUCUAAGGGUCCAACUGCCUAAAGGGCGUCAGUGUCAAUUAGUUUGUGGGUUUGUGCGCGUAUAGCAACAAAAGAAAUCUACUGUGUGCCAAGAAAGACCCACGAUGCGGACGACGUUAGUGUUUUGAUCCAUAUACAAAGUACAACUCGACUAUGUGCUCUAAAAACACCACCUUGCGGACGACGGUAGUGGUUUGAUCCAAAUGAAAAGUACAACUCGACUGUGUGCCCUAAAAACACCACCUUGCGGACGACUUUAGUAUUUUAGAAUCAUAUAAACCAAGACUGUGUAAAACGUAUUCAAAUGCAAAUCAAUAAGGACAGAUAUUCGAAUAGCAAACAUGUAGGGGUGUUUUCGGCAACACCACUUGUCAGAACAUCAUUUGACUUCGACAGUUCGUUCGGUAUCUUUAGAGUUUAGUUUGGCAACGCCUGGCGGGUGCAUUGAAAGAAUAACAGAAUUGUGGUACGGAGCAGUUACUUUGCAGUUACAAUGGGUACCAACCAUCAGCGUGAUUCCAAAAGUGAAUUGAAGAAAAUAGGAAGACUAGAUGAUGGGCCAUAUUCUUGUUUAACUACAACUUCUGGCAGUAAAUCUUCUGCGAAAACAUUAAUUGAAUACGACGUUGAUGAAAGUUUGGAUAUCAAGGAAGAAAUCAUUCAGGAUCAGCAGGAUUCCAAGAGUGAAUUGCAGAAAUCAACAGGUAGACAAGAUGGUUGGCUAUCUUCUGGUACAACUACAACUUCUGGCAGUAACUCUUCUACCAAGACUUUAAUUAAAUAUUACAUUGACGCAACUCUGGAUAUCAAGGAAGAAAUCACCCAGGUUUCAGAGAAAAUUAUAGUCCAGGAGCAGAAUAAAACGUACGAGUUAAAAUCAUGUAGCGUACAUAUAAAAGAAAAAGAUAUUUUGAAUGCGGAUCGUGUGCGUCACAAGACAAGUUCAAAGAAGUUGGUAGUAGCACACAAAGUGAAGAAACAAUUUAUAUGUGACUAUUGCGAACAUAAAUCGAACAGGAAAUGUGACCUUUUAAAUCACAUUACUUCACGACAUUUACCGGCAUCGAAUUUCAGACACAAAUGCGACAAAUGUUCACGAGAUUACAAGUGGCUUAAACAUUUAAAUCAGCAUAAACAUGAAGAUCAUGCAGCAGUAAAAAUACAAUUUAUAUGUGACUAUUGCGAACAUAAAUCGAGUAGAAAAAGGAACUUGCUACGCCACAUAACUUUAGGCCACUUACUGGCAUCGAAAUUUAGGCACAAAUGCGACAAAUGUCCGCGAAGUUAUAAAUGGCCACAAGGUUUAACUCAACACAAACGUUUAGUACAUUCAGAUGCAACUACAAAAUUUAUUUGUGAUUAUUGCGAAAAUAAAUGGAAUAGCAAAAUGCAUUUAGCACGACACAUUACUUCACGCCACUUACAGGCAUCGAAUUCUAGACACGAAUGUGACAUAUGCGAGCGAAGUUACAAUUGGCCACAAAGUUUAACUCGACACAUACGUGUAUAUCAUGCCACAGUACAAUAACUAUUUAUUGUAUGCGACGAUUGCGAAUAUAAAUCAAAUAGCAAAAAGAAUUUGGUACGACAAAUUACAUGAUGCCACUUACAGGUUAAAUUAGCCACUGUGUCGGCAAUGGAUAGGGGCCCUUCUUAGUGAAAGAUGUCUGAUGAAAAAUAUAUAUUUUUAAACCUAUAAGAUUAAAAUAAAAGAAAUCAUGCUUGAA